AUGACAAAAGACAAAGCCGAAAGUACGACCUUCGCGACGCGCCCCGACGAAAGCGGAUUCAUGAGCAACGAUCUCAGCGUCUGCAGCGCCAGGAUUUCAUCCGUCAGCGAGGAACGCGAUGAGAUUGCCGAGGUCCACAAGUUCUCGAGGAAGGAGACCAACCACAUUCGUGUGUGGCGUCUCAUCAUGGCGCUUGUCCUCUUGGCCACGGCCAUUACUGUGACUCUAACGACCUACCAUUUCCUCAAAUCGGAGCAGACGAAGAGCUUCGACGAGGCGUUUGAAAAGUUUUCCCAAACUGUUGCAGAUGCUGCUCUGCAAUCUCAGGAAAUCCUUCAUGCAACCCAACGUGAUGUCUGUGAAAACAUGGCCGUUGAUGCCAUCCGUACUGGACAGACCUGGCGGAACUACACCAAUCCUUACUACGAAAUGCAGUUUGGAUCGGCGCGAAACCAAGCCAAGACUGAGCUGAGUGCAUUCUUCCCGUUCGUAGAGAAAGAUGGACGUGAUGCGUGGAUUGAAUACGCUGGCGAGCACUUGACUGAGUGGACCCAUGCUGGUCAUAUGACCAAGUACGGUAACCUCGACAGGCUCAACGAGAUCAACUAUGUUCCAAACAUGACCAAGAAGGGCCCUGAUGGCUUCAUUCCGGAUGAUGAGUACCCUGAAUAUUGGCCCAUGUGGCUCUACUCACCACCUCCAGCUCAGUAUGGAGCGGUCAACUGGAACGUGCUCAAUGUCCCCGACUAUAAUGACAUGAUGACGGCAAUCAAAGUUGUCAGAGGAGAGCAAAUCAUCUCUAAGGUCCGCACGUCUGUCUCAACUGGCACUGCCUUCACAGAGGAAGAACACGCAGCCAUGCACUCAAAGCUCAAGACAGGAUCCAGCCCACACCAUCCCCAUUGUUUCAUUUGGACCCCUGUGUAUGAAGAUCCACAAGAUAUAUAUUCUAAGUUUGUGGGUUUCCUUGCCACGAGCUUUGCCUGGGACUUUUCACUGCGGAAUCUGUUGCCUGGAAAUGUUGCUGGCAUUGUUGUCAUCAUUACCAGUACUUGCAAUCAAACAUACACCUAUGAGAUAGCUGGCCAGGAUGCCUACUACAUGGGAGAAGGUGACUUGCAUGAAGCAAAGUAUGAUGACUACAAGUCUGAGAUCAAUCUUUCACUCCUCACACACCCAAAGAAAGAUGUCACUCCUGGACACUGCCAGUACUCCAUGCACAUCUAUCCAAGCUCUGAGUUCGAAAGUUUCUAUGAUCGGAACACCCCUGAGAUCUUUGCAGGUAUUGUGGCUUUCACAUUCACCUGCAUUGCCCUUGUUAUGAUUGUCUAUGACAUUCUGGUCCACAACAGGAAUGCCAAACUUGUUGCCAAUGCUGCAAGGUCCAAUGCUGUUGUCACAUCCCUAUUUCCAGGGUCCAUGUGA